AUGGUGACUGUCGUGCCGCUGAUCAUCUUCCUCCCGUACGUUGAAGCGUUCAACGUCGAGUACAAAUCCUUGAACAACCCCAACUUCAUGUACGACCCCAUUUCAGUGGUCUCGAUGGUUUUGGAGAAUCGAGUGGUCUUUGCAGCAAAUUUGUUCGACUUCACCACGAAGCUCAUCCCGCAGCUCAGUAUAUUGCUUUCGUUGAUCACUAUGAGCGAGCUGCUGGGGCGCGCAGACGUCAAGGUGAUUCCAGGUGACGGACGGCCGAGCAUGCAGUCUAUGGAGGUGAAAUCACGAGCAAGCUUUAUCAAGGCUGCUGGCCUACAGCCGUCAGCAGAAAGCUCUCAGACUCCAAGCCAAUCUAAAAGCUUACACACCCUCCAGAGGUGGAAACAUGGGGCUACAGUCACCGUAUUCGUCCUGUGGGGGUUCAUCGUCCUCCUGCUGCACUCUCUAGCGGCCCAACGUGCAGCGAACUACGAGGUGCUCGGCUGUCGCGCAGUGACGAGACCCUGGAUCUCCAGCGGCAAGGAGCCGUGUGCGAGUUUGGUGUACGAUUGCCACGCUCAUAACACUACAACGCCAGAUCAGACGUCUUUCGACAAGCUGGACCCCGUGGUUCUAGCCUCGCUUACAAUCGCUCACUGUCAUGGGCUCGAGAUGCCUCCGGAUCUCCAGCGUCUCGAGAAUUUGGUGUCGCUGCAUAUUUGCAACACGACUAUCGUGAAUUGGAAUGUCACGAGCUCCAUCUCCGCCACUGUUCACAGGCGUUUACAGGUGGUGCUUGUGGCGGGGGCGCGAAUGGACCAAAUGCCAGAAGGUAUUUUGCAGCCCUUGCCGGGAUCGGUCAUGGGCUUGCAAUUCUCACACACGAACCUCAAGACGUUGCCCGAUGAUCUGUACCAGCGGUGGCACCCACUAGCUGCGAUAGCCUUCGAGCACAGCGAGUUGACCAAGAUCCCGUACCAAAUGUUCUUCUCGCUCGUGUACACGCUGUCGCUAUUAGAGUAUCAGAUUGAAACCAUCCCGACGUUGGCCAUGAUGCCUCCUGGGAUCGUCCUACCGAACCUGCAGCUAGCCGCCAACCCUCUCAAGGAAUUGCCAGCAACGCUAAUGGAGCCUACGGCGUUCAUAGUGUCGAUGAAUGUGCAGAACACGUCGCUUACAAGCAUGCCAGCGUGGGUGAAGACCAACACGAAAGUCGUCUGGGCCUCCGGCACUCCUUUCUGCGCCACACCGAUGGUCGAUCCGACACUCACGUACCAAGUCAUGUGCUCCCAGCUCGCAGGACAAGAUCUCUCGUUCCCGAUUGACUUGUUGGGCGCACUCUACCCGUACGAGACAUAG